AAGAAAAUAUCCAUAACUUACGAUGACCAUUGGUUUGUUAUCUGUCUUUCUAAUAAGAAAAUUUAUGUGGUGAAGAGAAGCAUACCAUUAUCAAUAUCUGAAGGAAACACUAUCAAUGUUUGAAAUUUACCAUUAAAAUAUUAAUCGAAAUGGCACGAAAUUUAUUAAUGAGUAGCCUUGAAAAUGCAUCUUUUAAUAUAUUAUUCCAAAUAUUAUUUCGUUGUAUUACAUUUUUAAUUAACGCAUGGGUCAUUCGAAAUGUAGAGCAUGAAGUUCUUGGUAUUAUGAAUGUUAGAUUGCUACUCCUAGAGAGUACUAUAUUAUUUUUAAGCAGGGAGCCUUUCACUCGAGCAUGUUUAGGACAAAAAGAUGAAUUUAGUUGGAGUCACAUGAUUAAUCAGAUAUGGCUCUCUGUACCUAUUAGUUUUGUUUUGUCACUUAUUUUUGUCUACAUUUGGUUGAACAUGUUGCCACUAAGUAAUCCAGAAUAUGCAUUUCAGUAUGCAUUUGGUUGCUGGAGUAUAGCAUUUUCAUGUGUCUUAGAAUUAUGUUCAGCCAAUAUGGCACUGGUUGCACAAUUAUAUUGUUUUGUCAAACUGAAGGUAGCCCUUGACACAUUACAUAUUUUUGUUAGAUCUAUAUUAUUUUUGUCUAUUAUUAUAUAUGAUAGGUCUUUGGCACUUAUUGCAUUUUCAGUUGCACAGGUCGGAAGCAUUGGAGUCAUAGUCUUGAGCUAUUAUCUCUUCUUUUUUUGGUAUAUUAGAAACAAGCCAUUGUAUGCUAAAGGAGCGUUAAAAAGUAAAUUGGUUCCUGAAUCUAUAAUGUACAAACUGUAUGACAAUAUGGAUGAUUUUCAGUUCACUUCUAUAAAAGAUUUUCUUCCUAAGUAUAUGGGAUCUUUUAAUUCAACAUUUAACAAAAAAUUAAGUUCUCUUACAAUUAGUUUUGCUAAACAAGGUGUGGUGAAACAACUUUUAACAGAGGGUGAAAAGUAUGUCAUGUCUGUGAAUCCAGUAAUGUCAUUUUAUGAGCAAGCCACAUAUGAUGUGGUAAAUAAUCUAGGUAGUCUUGCUGCUAGAUUUAUAUUUAGACCUAUUGAAGAUAGUAGCUAUUUUUACUUUACACAAAUGGUAAAUAGAGAUUUGCCUCUUCAUAAACAAGAUCAGUAUAAAGUUCAAGAAUCCUGUACAGUGUUGUCACAAGUUUGUAAAACUGUUACUUCUAUUGGAUUGAUAGUAUUGGUGUUUGGGCAAAGUUAUGCACGGACUUUGUUGUUGUUAUAUGGUGGUGAAGCAUUUGUUGCAAGUGGCCUGCCAGUACAACUGCUCCGCAGUCAUUGUUUGGCUAUUGUUCUAUUGGCAAUAAAUGGUGUUACAGAAUGUUAUACAUUUGCUACAAUGACAAGUGCCCAAUUGAAUAAUUAUAAUUACUUGAUGGUGUUCUUUUCAAUAAGUUUUUUACUAUUGUCUUAUGUUUUAACUUAUGUAUUAGGACCUGUAGGUUUUAUUGUAUCUAAUUGUAUAAACAUGUUUGCUAGGAUUUUACACAGCAUUCAUUUUAUAAAGGACAAAUAUAAGGAUACAAGCUAUAAACCUUUGGAAGGUCUUUAUGUUGGGAAAGUUUUUAUUCUUGCCUUAUCUAUUGGGGGUUGUGUAACCAAAGUUUCUGAAAAUAAUUUAUUAAAUGAUUCAAUAAUUAUGCAUAUAACUGUUGGAGCAGUAUGUUUUAUAUGUGUGCUGCUUGCAUGGGCUUAUGAGAAUAGACAACUUGUUAUUAAAAUGUAUAAAAAGUUGAUAGCCAAAGAAGAUAUAAAAGUUUCUCGAGAUUGAGAUUGUGGUCAGUGAUAUUUGUGAAACUUAUGUAAGAUGCAACAUAAUAUUGUAUAGGUGUACAUUGAAAUUGGAAUGUUUAUAAUAAAAAUAAUAGAUUUGUUAACAUAAAACAAAUGGUUUUAUUUAAAAGUUUAUUUUAUAAUAUAGUUUUUUCAUUUAUGUGUAAGGAUGCUAAUAAUAUUGUUUAUAUAGGAUAAAAAAAUACGCCUUUCAUUUGUGCUUCACAAAUCCUUUUUACUUCAUCUGUAAUAGAAUAAUAAUAAUAAGUAUAAUAAAUAAUUCUUAACAAAUUAUAAUAUAUAUAAAAAGUACCUGAUAUUUCUUUUAAUGUUGCAUUUUUUUCUUGAAUUAUAACAUAAAACUCUCUUUCAUUUGAUGUCUUUCCUGUAAUCCAGUAUUCAUCAGGUAUUUUUACAAUUAUCUCUCCAUAAUUUCCCAAACUGUAAUGUUUUAUUUAUUGCUAUGAGUAUUAUAAUAUUUACAACUAUAAAAGUAUUAUUUAUAUCUUAUUAAGUCUUACCUUUUUUUAUCAGAGUGCAUCCCAGCUAUUAUACUUAGUACUUCAGGUUUUAAAGUUGUUGAUGGAAUUAAUUUAUUUAUGGGACGCUGAAAAUUAAGUAAUUAUUUUACAUAACAAUGUCUUAUUUUACAAUGUAGGUAGUAAAUAAAUAAAAUCCAAUGUUGCUAUUUCGGAAUUGAUUAAGAUAAUUUUUAAUGAUAAAAGAAAUUCAUAAUUUGUAAAGUUGCUGUAAAAAUCUUUUAUUAUUUAAAUUAACUUACAUUUACUGAACUUUUGAAUGCUAAAUUAAGUCUAUUGAAAUAGACAAAUUUGGUGUCACUUGUUAUUUGAGCGUUUUGUAAUGCUUGUAUUGUACAUUGCUCACUAAUUGUAGAAGCUAUAGUGGAUAGUUGUGGGCCGAUAAACGCAUCCAGUGAUCUGAAUGUUUCUAUUUGUAGAUUUGUGUUUACUGGAAAAAAGUUUAAUAUUUAAAAAUUUGAAAUAUUAUUUUUAUUGAUAUUAAAGUGGUUGCAGAUCUAUUAUUUUCAUACUUAUUUGACCGAUAUAGAUAUUAUAUUAAAGAAGAGUAUAGAAAAUAGUUAAAAAUUAUUAUUAUCAGUAAUAAGGUCAGAAUAUUACUUUUGUUAAUAAAUCAGUCAUGUUAAUAUGUAACUUAAUUUUAUGCGUUAUAUUUUUGUGAAAAAUAAUUAUAUAUUAUUAUUAUA